AUGGCUCGUUUUUCGGAUAGCGGCAUCACCAAGGAUAAAGAUACCUACGCUGGCAUCUAUGAUACCGACGUGGUGAUAAUGCAGACGCCAGCAAAGCCGUACCAAGUCAAGUCGUCGCUGUUGCGCGAGUGCAUGGCCGAGUUUCUCGGCACCAUGGUGCUCAUCAUGUUUGGUGACGGAGUCGUGGCUCAGGUUGUGCUUGGCGAGGGCAGAACGGGUGAAUACAUCAACGUCAAUUUCUGCUGGGGGCUUGGUGUACUCUUCGGCAUCCACGCAUCAGGAGGUGUCUCGGGUGCCCACCUGAAUCCAGCAGUGACCACGACCCUUGCCCUCUUCGGUCGUCUUGAAUGGCGUAAAGUGAUCCCUUAUAUUACCGCACAGGUAUUGGGAGCUUUCGUAGCUGCCUUUAUCGUCUGGGCUGUCUACAGUCCCAUAUUUGAUAAGAUCGACCCAAACAAGGAAUUCACCGAAGGUGUCUUUGCCACAUACCCGUUCAGCAGUGACGUUCCAGUCGGUACAUGUUUCUUGACUGAGGUCGUCGGUACGGCCUUGCUAUUGGGAGGCAUCUUUGCUCUUGGUGACGAGUUGAAUAAGCCUGCCAGCCCAUAUGCCCAGCCUGGAGCAGUGGCUUUGUUAGUAGUGGCAAUCGGCAUGGCUUUUGGUAUGAACUCGGGUUAUGCCAUCAAUCCAGCACGCGACUUCGGCCCACGUCUCUUUUCGCUAUGCGCUGGCUGGGGCGUGCGCGUCUUCACUCUACGUGACCACUAUUUUUGGGUGCCAAUUGUAGGUCCCAUUCUAGGCGGUGCGAUCGGUGGCGGUGUCUACAUUGGACUAGUGGAGCACCACCACCCGCGCAACUACAAGCACCAGCUCGACAACCAAAGUUGA